ACGUCCAGCAGCUGAUCGGUAAUCCAGAAGAAGUUUCCCCUCAGUUAGGGGGGAGCUCCACUUUGAAGCAGGAGACUCCACAACCACCCUGCAUUAAAAAGGAAGAGGAGGAACUCUGCAUCACUCAGGAGGGAGAGUGUCUUCUAGGACGAGAGGAAGCUGAUUACACCAAGUUUCCACUGAGUAUUCUCUCUGUGAAGACUGAAGAUGAUGAAGAGAAACCACAAGUAGACAACCUCUUAGCUCCACUAUCAGAUAGUGAGGCUGAAGACGAGGUUGAAGAACCUUUGAGAAGCGAUAAAGACUGUGAAGGUGAUAUGAGGACUCACACUGACAACAAACACUCUGAAUGCUCUACAAAGAAGAGAGGUAAAACAUGUUUGAGCUGCUCAGUUUGUGCUAAAGGUUUUUCUACAGAGGGCAAUUUGACUCGACACAAGAGAACACACACAGGAGAAAAACCAUUUAAUUGUUCAGUUUGUGGCAAAAGCUUUACUGAAAAUAGCUCUUUGACUCAACACAUGAGAACACACACAGGUGAAAAACCAUUUAACUGUUCAGUUUGUGGCAAAAGCUUUUCUCAAAAUAGCUGUUUGACUCGACACAUGAGAACACACACAGGAGAAAAAACAUUUAAUUGUUCAGUUUGUGGCAAAAGCUUUUCUGAAAAUAGCAAUUUGACUAAACACAUGAGAACACACACAGGAGAAAAAACAUUUAAUUGUUCAGUUUGUGGCAAAAGCUUUUCUCAAAAUUAUGGUUUGACUGGCCACAUGAGAACACACACAGGUGAAAAACCUUUUAAUUGUUCAGUUUGUGGAAAAAGCUUUUCUCAAAAUAGCUAUUUGACUCAUCACAUGAGAACACACACAGGUGAAAAACCAUUUAAUUGUUCAGUUUGUGGCAAAAGUUUUUGUCAAAAUAGCCAUGUGACUCAACACAUGAGAACACACACAGGUGAAAAACCUUUUAAUUGUUCAGUUUGUGGAAAAAGCUUUUCUCAAAAUAGCUAUUUGACUCAUCACAUGAGAACACACACAGGUGAAAAACCAUUUAGUUGUUCAGUUUGUGGCAAAAGUUUUUCUCAAAAUAGCCAUGUGACUCAACACAUGAGAAUACACAAGUGAAAAAACAUUUAACUGUUAGAUUUGUGGUGAAAACUU